CAGUCUGCUGCCAGCCGCGGGGCGGUAUGCGGCGGCGGGCGGCGGGCAGCGCUGCUGCUGGGUGGCGGCGCGGGGGAACAAUGGGCUCCUUCUCCUCGGCCCUUAGAGGGGCCGUGGCGUAAGGGACGAGAGGGAGGACGGCGCGGCGCCCGGGACACCAUGAGCUCCGCUGAAAUGAAGAAGCCCCCCGUGGCCCCCAAGCCCAAGCUGGUGGUAGGACAGAAGGCGGCGCCCCCCCCCGUGGCACCCAAGCCUGACGUUGUGCUCUCCAGUGUCCUGCAAGCAGCCCGGAGGAGCAAGCCAGUCAUUGCUCCCAAACCGAGGGUCCUCAAGAGCUCCUCUGUCCCGGAGGCUAAGCCUCCGUCCUCUACACGGACAAGCGCAAAAAGCUUUGAAGAGCACAGGGCAGAUCCUUCCCCGGCGCUGGACCGCUUGAACCGCGGCCAGGGAGCCUCAGCGGGCGGUGCUGGCAGCGCAGCCUGCAUCCUGCCCGUGUCAGCCGGCCAGUUCGAGUGCCUCCAGAGGCUGGGCCCUGGGGAGGGGACCUGCAGGACACAGAUCGUUUUUGAGCGCUUUGAAAACCUGGAGAACCUCACAGCUGGUGAAAAAGAUGCAGCAGCUCCGGGGCACAGUCCCAGAGAACCAGUGGGCAGCAGGAGCCAGGUGGUUUUGAAGGCCAGCGUCUUGGAAGGGAAGCUUAAGGACGUCCUCAGCCACAGUGUGUUUGCUGACAGCAGCCCUGGGAGGCACAGGCGUGCGGAGAGACUCGGCCGAGGCGAUGGCAGCAGGGCCAAGAACGAUGUUAAGGUAGAGUUUGUGGAGCUGGUGCAGUCCUCGCUGCCUGCCACGGCAGCUGGAGGGGCGCAGCCGAGCCCGGAUGGGAAGCUCUCUGCUGAGGAGCUGCAGGGGUCCGACCUUUGUCCCAGCCUGGCUGAAAACCACCACAGCUCCUCCCGCCCGCUGGACCAGGACAUCCUGGAGCAGGGCCCGUCAAGUAGCAAUAACACGUUCCCAGGUGAAACGGGUGUGAAGGCAGAGGCUGAUAAAGCCUCCUCUGAGCCAUCUUCGGGCCUGAGCCCCAGAGUGCUUCCUGUCCCUAAGCCGCGAAAGCCACGCACUGCCUGUCUGGUCCGUCAGGAUGGCAUGGACAGCCCAGCUGAAGGAGCAAAGGAGCCACCUCAAGCAGAGAAAGAUUCCACUGGGUGUGGGGAGCAAAGCUGCACAAAGCCAGCAAAAAUUAAUGUCCUUGGGCAGAGUGUUUGCUACAACAACACAGAAGUGCUUCCUCCUGCACAGUGCGGGAGCUCGCAGAGCGGUGCAGACAGAGUGCCCCAGGGCAGGGAACCUGCCAGGGAAGAGCCAACUUCACCAACUGCUCUGCCUCAGGCGCCACACAAAACUUCUGCUCUGCUGGAAGGUGCUGAAUGUUCUUUAGAUGGGGCCCAUAACUUGGCCAGCUCCGUGGGCCAGCUGGCAGGCGGUGGCAGCGUGCUGGAUGCCCCAAACCAAAGGACUGCCUUCGUGCGGUGCGAUGCUUUGUCCAUGAGCCUGCCCAAGCAGCUCAAGCUGACCAGCACUCAGCACCCUUCUGCUUCCAGCAGCCUCCACCUUUCCCCACAAAAACUGGAAGAAAAAGAAACUAAAAGGAAGGAUGAAAGUUCUCCCAAACUGGCUCCUAAGAAGCCCCAGAGGCACAGCCUCCCAGCUGCUGGCCUGCUGAAGAAGGCUGCGUCGGCAGAGCUGCUGGAGAAGAGCUCUUACCCCUCCACUGAGGACAAAGCCCGAGCUGCUCUGCAGGGCUCCCACUGCAGCCACGCAGCAGCCGAGGGGCAGAGUGCGCUCCCCUCCUGCCAGCUCCCCAAACGCUCUGCUGAGAAACCUGUCUGGAAGUUACCUCAUCCUAUCCUUCCGUUCUCAGGGAAUUCCGAGUCGCUGAAAGGUCUCAACGCCGCUGCCAGCUGCAGCCACCUGAGCGGCACCACCAAGCCCAGGGCCAAGUCACUCUCUUCUGUGGACAUGGACAGGACAGACAGGCCCUGCAGAGACCAGCAGAAGAAAAACAGCUUGAGGAAGUUCCUCAAUAUGAAGCUGUCAGUUUGCUUGCUGAAGAGUGACUUCCAGAGGUUCCUCUCCAAGGGCAGCCAGUCAGUUGACAGCACCAUUGCCAGCCUCUCCGCUGGGGACGGCUGUGCAGGUGGCAGCAGCCGGAGUGCAGUGCCCGUGGGCAGCGAGAGGAGAGCCAAGUCUGCCAAGGCUCAUUCCAUAGAAAUAAGUUCCCCAGGCUUGCAGAAAAAGAGGCAGAGGAACAGGAGCCAGCCUGAGGUGAGAAACAGCCCAAGGCUGGAGCCCGUGGCCGGGCAGGGAGCUCUGGAGCAGAAGGUGUCCCUGGCACGGCUGCAGGCUGUGGGCAGCUCCUGUGCUCCGGAGUACGAGAACGUGCGGCACUACGAGGAGAUCCCCGAGUAUGAGAACCUGCCCUUUGCCCUGGCACUGAGGAGAGAGCUGCCUGGUCACUGGCAGAACUCCAGCAGUGUGGAAGACCAGAGCCCUGGCUUCUAUGAGGUUGAGGAACCUUGUGAGGCUGCCAGCAGGAGUCUGAGACUUGGCAGGCCCUCAGGAGAAGCCCAAGAGCAUCCUGGCCUGGUGAUGGGAGACCUGCAGUCAGAUGAGGAGGAUCUUGUGAACAGUUCUGAUGAAGAUGAGGACACAAACUCUGAUUCCAGCAAAGGGGAGCCUGACCCCCAGGAUGAGAAGCAGAGUAAGGCAGCUGGGAAGAGGACAAAGGUCUACCACAUUGCCAAGGAGAUCAUGAGCUCAGAGAAAGUGUUUGUGGACGUGCUCAAGCUCCUGCACAUUGAUUUCCGGGACGCCGUGGCCCAUGCCUCCAGGCAGCUCGGGAAGCCGGUGAUUGAGGACAGAGUGCUGAACCAGAUCCUCUACUACCUACCUCAGCUGUACGAGCUCAACCGCGACCUGCUGCGGGAGCUGGAGGAGCGCCUGUCGCACUGGCUCGAGCACCAGAGGAUUGCUGACAUAUUCGUUAAGAAGGGCCCCUACUUAAAGAUGUACUCCACUUACAUCAAGGAGUUUGACAAGAACGUCGCACUCCUGGACGAGCAGUGCAAGAGGAACGCAGGCUUUGCGGCAGUGGUCAGAGACUUCGAGAUGAGCCCUCGCUGUGCCAGCCUGGCCCUCAAGCACUACCUGCUCAAGCCAGUGCAGAGGAUCCCUCAGUACAGGCUGCUGCUGACAGAUUACUUAAAGAACCUGUUAGAAGAGUCUGCAGACUACAGAGACACUCAAGAUGCUCUUGCUGUUGUCAUAGAAGUCGCAAACCACGCCAACGACAUCAUGAAGCAGGGAGAUAACUUCCAGAAGCUGAUGCAGAUCCAGUACAGCUUGAAUGGGCACCACGAGAUCGUACAGCCAGGGAGGGUCUUCCUGAAGGAGGGGACCCUGAUGAAGCUGUCCCGGAAGGUGAUGCAGCCGCGGAUGUUCUUCCUGUUCAACGAUGCCCUGCUCUAUACCACCCCAGUCCAGUCUGGGAUGUACAAACUCAACAACAUGCUCUCACUGGCUGGGAUGAAGGUGAAAAAGCCAACCCAGGAAGCAUAUCAGAAUGAACUGAACAUUGAGAGCGUGGAGAGAUCCUUCAUCCUUUCUGCAGGCUCUGCUACAGAGAGAGAUGAGUGGUUAGAAGCCAUCUCCAAGUCAAUCGAGGACUACACAAAAAAGAGAAUCACGUUUAACCCCAGCAGGAGUCUGGAGGAGGCAGAUCCAGAGAAGCAGGAAGAGGAUAGUCCCCUGGGAUCAAAGGCUCCCAUCUGGAUCCCUGACACCAGAGCCACCAUGUGCAUGAUCUGCACCAGUGAAUUCACCUUGACCUGGAGAAGGCAUCACUGCAGGGCCUGUGGCAAGAUUGUCUGCCAAGCUUGCUCAUCGAAUAAACAUGGCCUGGACUACCUGAAACACCAGCCAGCCAGGGUCUGUGACCACUGCUUCAGGCAGCUACAGCAACAAGAGAACCAGAGCACCCCUAAGAGUGGAUCCCCAGUCAACCACAGAUCUCCAUCAAGUGCCUUGUCCACAGUCUUGCACAGCAUCCCCUCGGGGAGAAAGCAGAAGAAGAUCCCUGCAGCCCUCAAAGAAGUUUCAGCAAACACAGAGGACUCCACAAUGAGUGGCUACCUGCACAGGUCUAAGGGCAGCAAGAAGCCCUGGAAGCACCUCUGGUUUGUUAUCAAAAACAAGGUGCUCUACACAUAUGCUGCUAGUGAGGAUGUGGCAGCAUUAGAGAGCCAGCCCUUGCUUGGAUUCACAGUCAGCGAAGUCAAGGAUGAAAACUCAGAGUCCAGAGUGUUCCAUUUACUGCACAAAAACACUUUAUUUUACAUCUUCAAGGCAGAUGAUCCUCAUGCAGCUCAGAAGUGGAUAGAAGCUUUCCAAGAAGGCACCAUCCUAUAGCAGCCUCAGCAGAGUGCCUGCAGCUUUCAGGGACAGUCCACACAGCAGCUGCUCCGGGAGCCAGAGCCCUGCCCUCCCAGCCCCAGCAGGCUGUACCUGUGUCGGGAGCUGCUGCUGCCUCUGCAGCCCGAGGAGGUGUCUCUCUGAGGCACUCUGUGUGUUUGUGUCGAUACCAAGUGUGUUAUUUAUUAAACUCAACGUUUACUUCCC